AUGGCGGCCUCCUACCCCUACAUCUGCUUCAAUUGCAGAUCAGCUCCUCGAUAUGGUUUAUCACAGUUGCCAUUCCGUCGCAGGUUCUCGGUGACCCCGCGAAACCCCCAGAUCCUGCGACCCGCGACAGCUCCGAAGCCCACGCCAGACGUCAAACACAUCCGCCAGAAUGUCGAUCUCUACGCGCAAAACUGCGUCGACCGAAACUACGCAGGCCACGCCGAAUACCCGUCGAGGAUACAGGCCCUGUACGAUGAAGCGAAGCAGCUCGAUCACGAUCUGAAGACCCCGCGCUCCCGAAUCAAGCAGCUGGAGAAAACGAUCGCCAAGCUGUCUAUUGCAGCUCGGCAGGAUACGGCCAAGGAGGGAGGCAAUGGUGGUAAUACAUCUCAGGAAUUAGCAGGGCUUAAAUCGGAGGCACAGCAACUGAAAGAUGAGUCUGCUGCUAUGGCCGCGCGCAAGUCGAUCUGCGACUCGGACAUCCACCGGCUAGCGCUGUCCCUUCCGAACCUUUCAUCCUCCGAAACCCCUGUCGGAGAUGACCCGCGUUUGAUCAACUACCUCAAUUUCGACCCGCAAGCCCCUCCGGCAUGGACUAGCCAGUCACCGGUCGAGCUCCGAGCGCGGUCGCACGUCACAAUCGGCACCGAGCUGGGCCUGAUCGACUUCACCAGCUCGGCCACAACAACCGGAUGGGGAUGGUACUUCCUCAUAAACGAGGGAGCCAUGCUGGAGCAGGCGCUAGUGCAGUACGCGCUGAGCGUGGCACGACGCCGCGGCUGGAAAACCGUCGCGCCGCCAUCAAUCGUCUACUCCUACAUCGCCGAGGCGUGCGGCUUCCAGCCUCGAGACCAGCAUAACGAACAGCAGAUCUGGUCGAUCGAACAGAAUGAGCGCGAUCGCGACCACAAGCCGCCCCGCUCACUCACGGGCACUGCUGAAAUCCCCCUCGCGGCGAUGUACGCUGGCCGUGACAUCGAUGCCAAAGAUCUUCCCCUCAAGCUGGUCGGUGCUAGCCGCUGUUACCGUGCGGAGGCUGGUUCGCGCGGUGUCGACACCAAGGGAUUGUAUCGCGUGCACGAGUUCACCAAGGUCGAGCUAUUCGGGUGGGCAGAUAAUGUUGACUUGGCCGCAAAGGCCUCCUAUGACCUCUUCGCCGAGCUUCUAGAGAUGCAGACCGAGAUCCUGACAUCGCUCCACCUCCCCUGCCGCGUGCUCGAAAUGCCUACCGGCGACCUGGGCGCCAGCGCGACCCGCAAGCGUGACAUCGAGGCCCUCUUUCCCUCGCGCUUCCGCCCCGGGACUGAGGAAUCCACCUCUACUGUCGAUCCGGCCGUGCAAAGACUAGAAUCGGCUUGGGGUGAGGUCACCUCCGCUUCUAUCUGCACGGACUACCAGAGCCGGCGUCUCGCGACUCGCGUGCGCGGCGGUGCUGUCAAGGACUCGCGAUUCCCGCAUACAGUGAACGGCACUGCAAUGGCUGUUCCGCGCGUGUUGGCUGCUAUUCUGGAGAACGGCUGGGAUGCCGAGCGUGGUGUCGUGGUCGUACCGGAAGUCUUGUGGCCCUGGAUGGAUGGGAUGGAGACGAUUGGAAAGCAGGAGUAG